UCCCCUUUCACAAAACGUCAAAUUACAAAAUAAUAAACACAAUGAAAAUAAUUACAAGAAAUGAUACGGACGUAAAAUAAAUCAUACAAAAAUGGAAGUGUUUAGAUCAGAACUUUAUUAUAUAUUUGUUAAAAAAGAGUCGAGUUUGUGGUGGAAUCGAUGUACAGGGGUGUUUUCAGUUCGAUCAGCAUGGGAUCUUUCCGAUAUCGAAGAUAUAGAAUGUUUAGGCGUCACGGAGGGUAUAUUAGGCAAAGUGGAACAUAGCAACAUUUACGAACCACGUCUGGCUCUCAUAAAGGAUGUUGAACCAGUUGGUGAAAUUUACUUUCAACAUACAGUUUAUAAAAUCAAGUCAGUGGUUUUUCUUAACAUGGGAAUGGAGAAUCAAAUUGUUGACCUAUGUGCGUGCACGAAGCAUGCAUCGUCGAGCUCAGUGACUAGUUGCAGGAAGGGCAGUAAAAUGGCAGCCAAACUAUUUGAAAACUCGGCUUUGCUGAAUAAAACAGUUGGUGCAGUCAGAAAUGUUAGUAACACCAUCAAAUGCACAACGCAACAGGCUGCUUCUCAGGUAAAAAUAUCAUCAAGAAGGCAACCAAAUCCAAAAGUUGGCGAUAAACUCGAAAAACGAAUCACUGACGAACUUACAAAGCUGUUUGACGACUCAGAUGGAUUCUAUUUUUCCCGGACAUUCGAUUUGACAAAUAGUCUGCAACGAUUGUCAAAGAUAGAGAAGAUAAUGAAAGAAGAAGAUGAAGAUGAGAAUAAGGAGGGAAAAACAACAUCUAAUACAGACAUUACAAAAUGGUGGAAACAUGUUGAUGAUCGGUUCUUCUGGAAUAAACACAUGUUGUCUGACAUCUUCUGCUUGGGGAGUCCGACAUGCGACGAAUGGGUCCUCCCUGUCAUCCAGGGCUAUGUCUACCUGUCUCAGUUACCAAUGGAAGCCCCCGACUGCAACUCAGACCCAAUGCCCACCCGCGGCAUCCCCCCUAUUUCGCACGAUACUUUUAAUUUGGGCAUUAUUUCACGACGGUCACGGUACCAGGCUGGAACUAGGUACAAUCGACGCGGCAUCGAGCCGAAUGGCAAGGUGGCCAACUACGUAGAAACGGAGCAGAUAGUCAGUAUAGUUUGCUGCGGAAGUAUGCACAAAGCUUCCUUUGUACAGGUUCGUGGCUCAAUACCAAUAUUCUGGAGUCAACCGGAUGUUAAAUUCCGGCCGCCACCUCGAAUUGACAGAAGCGAAGAAGAAUCCCAAGAAGCGUUCAGGAGACAUUUCGAUGAAGAGAUCUCUCUGUACAAGCAAGUUUGCAUCGUGAACCUAGUGGAGCAGCAAGGGCGUGAACGGGUUAUGUGGGAUGCUUUCGGGAAUCACGUGCUUAAGUACAACAGCCCGGACGUCAUUUACGCCACUUUCGACUUCCACGAGUAUUGUCGCGGCAUGCACUAUGAAAACGUGAGCAUCCUAAUAAACGCAAUAUCGGACAUUAUAACCGACAUGCGUUUCUGCUGGCGUGACGACCGCGGCCUCAUCUGCGAGCAGACCGGUGUGUUCCGCAUCAACUGCAUCGACUGCCUCGAUCGGACCAAUGUUGUGCAGACCGCAAUAGCGAAAUAUGUGUUAGAGCUGCAACUAUGUCGCUUAGGCCUUUGCACGCCUGGAUGCGGGCUGCCACAGGAACUGCGACAUGCUUUCCUCACGAUGUGGGCAGACAAUGGAGAUAUCCUCAGCCGCCAGUACGCCGGGACUAAAGCACUUAAGGGCGACUAUACAAGAACUGGCGAGCGGAAAAUUACAGGCUUGAUGAGAGACGGAGUAUUUUCGGCUAACAGAUAUUACCUAUCGACGUUCAAAGAUGCACUUCGGCAAGUGGCCAUAGAAGCUAUGACCGGAGAAUCGAAGAGAGUGCCUCCGCAACUCAAUACUAUAUUCCAGGAUUGCACGCGCUGCGCGUCUGUCAAGGUCAUCCUUUAUAACGAGUCGAACGCGUCAACCGAUACAGAAGCGAUGGCACAACACGUCAAGGGUCUCAUUGACGACUGUAAGAAGCUGCUGGUCGAUACGGAACCCGUGCUCGGAUCGUGGGGGCUCAUUGAUGCUGAUCCAAACACCGGCGAUCCGCAAGAGACCGAAAUGGACACUGUCCUCCUGUUAACAAGCGAUGCGUACUACGUGGCUGACUACGACGAGACCUCGGACCGCAUACUGUCCGUGCAACGGGUGCCGCUUCGUGACGUCACCGCAGUGGAGUUGGGCACCCUUGAUGUCCCCACUACGCUAUUCGGCGUGAGCCGCAAAAGCGGCGUAGAGCCCGUAGUGUGCAUACGUCUCAACUACUUGUACAAGGGCGAGUCGGGGUACUUCCACAUGUUCCGUUCCACAUCGCUGCGGUUUUUUAACAACAUGGCCGUCGUUAUUAACACCAAAGACGAGAUGAUAGAAUCCUUACACUCCAUUUGUGAGUCAAUUGUGGUGGCGCGAGACGUCGCCAAUCUGCCGCCGAUUCCCUUCAACGAAGGCGGGAAACUCGACCGGAGGAAAUCUAAGGUGCACCCAGUUCAAGGUCAGUCAAGCACUGGCAAAUCAUCACUCUACUUGGAUCUAUCCCGUCUGCCAACCCUGACCAAGAACGUCAGUGAAACCCAGUUGGUCGCUGACAUACGCAGUGUUGGAUCAAAAGCCCUGAACAACAUGAGCGAGCAAUUUAGUAAAUUAAACAAACUGAGCCAUUCACUGAACGCGCGCGCACGCCCCAGCCUGCAACUCAAAUUCGAUCAGAGUGCAUCCCGGACUAAGAAGAUCUUCACCCUCGGCAACAAAUCAGAUAAAAAGAAAGGUUCUCUAUCAGACGGGAUGAGCUCGGACUAUUCAUCCGAUGAUGAAAACAGAACAAAUAUUUUCGAACCAACGUUAGACAACUACGAAAAUACGCAACAUUACAUCGGUCAGAAACCAAAAGAAAAAGAUGAUGAUUGUGAACUAAUCGAAAAUCCUUUGUAUUCUUCCAAAAUAGAACCGAGUGAAACUUCAGAGAUUGAACCAAAACAAUCGUCAGCUUUUGCAACUACUUCAGAAAAACAGACAUUAAAAACUCCAAGCAACAUUAACAAGAGAAACCCCUUUGACACUGAAAGCAAAACACCUGAAAUUCAAGUAGAAUCGGCAUCUGGUUUCACUAAACCUCUGCCACCAAAUUCAUUGUUGCUAUCACAGAAACUAUCUCACAGUUCCAAUGAUAUAAAUUACGAUGACAAUAUAGUACAGGGGGAAGGGGUCAGUGGCCACGUUCGUUCGAACUCUCAGCAUGAAAUUACUUUGAACAUCGCCCAGUCGCAUAGCGAAUCUGCAUUGAAGCAGCUAAGGAACAUCGCCAGCCCAAUGUCGAGUGCUACAAAAGAUAUGGUCUUGUCACCUUUCUCUAAGUUGGCCAAAGGUGUGCAAUCGCUUGGAGCUAAUUUGGAUCCUAGAAAGAUCAAGGGCUCAACAACAUCAGUGAAAAAUAUAACAGAACAGCAAUAUGAAGAACACAGAAAAUUGCAAGAAAAAUGGCGUGACUGCAACACUCGACUUAUUGCGCUAUAAACUAUGUUGCCAGGUGAUGUCUUUCCAUUCCUACUAUUUAUCAAACCCAGUGUUGCUAUUUGCCAACAAAAAAAAUGUUGUGAAUGUAAUAAGGGUCGACUCUGUACCUAAUUUUAAAUAUUAAAAUUAUUGCCAUGAUUUUAAAUUUCCAUUAGUAUAAAUGUGACGCUAAUAGAGUGAUGAGUAUGUCAGAAUCGACCCUAAAUUGGUAAUCAAUUUGCUUAUAAAUAUUUACUUAUAAAGAAAACAUCACAUUAUUUAUUAAUUCGUAUAUUGAACGUAUUAGCUUA